CUUCCGCUUCCGGUGCCGCCAUUGUUUUAUCUCGCUGUGGAGAAUGGACGAGUUGGAGCGGGAGGUGGAUGUUUCCGAGCUGCAGAGGAUGGUGGCGGCCGAGGAGCAGCGGGCCCGGCUGACGGCCCAGGUUCACAACUUCAUGGAGGUCUGUUGGGAGAAAUGUGUGGACAAACCAGGCUCCAAGCUGGACUCCCGGACGGAGAGCUGCCUGGCCAACUGCGUCAACCGCUUCAUCGACACCACACUCUCCGUCACCAACCGCUUUGCACAGGUCUUGCAGAAAGGGGGGCACUGAUGGCCGGCGGAUCGGCCGAUGCUCCAUCCACUUGCUGUUUUCCUACCUCACUGUAGAAAUGGCUGACCGUCCCUUAGGAAAACGGCGCCCUUAAACUGAAUCGUGCCAAACAAGUUACUGACCAAUAAAUCAUGAAGAGCUGUGUGAACACAUUGAUUCUGGGAA